AUGUCUGAACAUUCCGAUAAUACCGGAACCUGGGCCAAUCUCUCUGAUAACAAGACACCAGCUAAGUCAGACACUGGUACUUUCAAAGAGGAGAUCAUCGCCAAACAUACGACACAUGUGAAGGGGGCAAUCCGAGUUGCUGACGUUCGUGUUCGCUUCAAGUUUGCCACAUUCCCUCGUGUUCCGGUGAAGGACAACUUCACAUUGGACCAAGAGCCUUGCGACUGGCAUCGUAUCUUUCAGUUCGGGUACUGGGAAGAAGCGAAGCGCGAUAUCACCCACAGCCUGUAUGUUUUCGCAAAAUCCGAGAAUGGUGCCAGUAAGUUGGUAUUGGCAAUCAUCUUUUCAGAGGUUUACAAAAAGAUCCGCCCUGUUUUCUGGGAGAAAGUUCGACUUUCUGCUACGGAGAUACUCUUCUGCUUUGUCAACGCUCCUGACAAAUAUACCUGCACGAUAAGUGGCAUCAAAUACUGUGACAAGAAUACAUUGAUCACAUCCACUUCUGUUGAGAACGACGGCACUGUGACCUACUCGGUUACCAAAGACGGCGAGGUUCGCUAUACAGAUACAUUGGAUCAUAUGUGGUCUCUGUCCCCAGAGCAGAUGUUCUUGGGGACAUUGCCAGAGUUGACCGUCAGUGUCCUCUAA